AUGGCUCUGCUCAGAGGAGUUUUGGUCGCCAGCGCCAGCGUGGCGCUGAUGCUUGUCGGAAGCUGGACUCCAGGCUUCCUGGUCCCGGGGCGUUUGUCGAACCCCACGCAGCCUCGCAUUGGCUCUCCGCUGCGCAAGGAGGUGGAGUUGCUCCGCGUGGACAUUUCCGAGAAGGCGGUGCCCAAUGAGCCCAGCCGGGUAGAGAGGUUUCUGACCUCCGCCACGCAGUUCACUGUCGUAGCUGCUUCGGCUGCACUUGCCGCACUGCCAUCCAGGAGACACAGAACCGGCCAGAGCAGGUCUUUCCGUUGCAUGUCGGCCGGCGCCGCUGCGGCAUUUGCUUCCCACUGGAAGACAUUUGUGCGGACGGAUGCAGCGUUGAUGCUGCGACUCAGCACGCUGAACUUCUGCAAGAUCUACAUGGCUAUGCUGGUUCUCCGCAUCACCAUCAUGUG